UAUCAAUGCACACGUGCGCUGCGCGCUUGAAUCUAAAUUGCGCGUUCCCCGCUCAUAUUUAUGGUUGUUUAAGUUAAUUUAUUUAUUUUAAUCACGUGCAAUGGAAAGCGAUAUACUAGAUGGACUGGAUCAAGUCGGCUACAGUGGUUUCCUUGAUGAAAGGGCACUUUCAGCAGCAUGUGAGCAAGGCUUUAACUCUCAGGAGUUUGCACGUGUGUGUACAUGGCUAUCAUCAAAACUUCAACACUGUCAUGCCAAGAAUCAGAAAUCAGAAAUACCAGAAGAUCCUGAAAAGGCGAAACUUGAAUUAAGCGAACUGUUAAAAGAGCUGUCGUGUCCAUAUAAGGGGCUUGAUGGGGACCUGAAGACGAAAAAUGAGCACCUGAAAACCCUUUUGUUUUUAGUAUCGGAACUUCAGGCCAUGCAGAUUAUAACAAGCAGAACAGUUAAAGACACAAAGGUUGAGAAAAAGAUCUUGCCUCUUCACGACCUCCAAGCAAUUUGCAAAGUGCUAAAACUUUCAGAUUCAGACCAACAGCAAACAUCAGACUUGUUUUCAUCCAUAGAAAAUGAGGUUAAGGUUUUGCUAAAGAAAGUUCCAGAAAAACACGUUGGAAAACCAGUGUUAAAGGCAUCCCUUAACAGUGAGCAGUGGAGACAGCUGGAGAAGAUAAAUGGUGUUCUUUUGGCAGACUACGAGUGUCGUCGGCGCAUGCUGAUCAAACGGUUGGAUGUUACUGUGCAGUCUUUCAGCUGGUCAGACAGAGCCAAGGCAAAAACUGACAUUAUGGCCAGGGCCUAUCAGCCAAAAAGACACUCACUGACAUUAAAGUCAUCAAUAAGCCUUGCUCACCUCCUGGCAGCACGAGAAGAUAUCUGCUACAUGGUAAAGACCAGCAGUGAGUCCUGCAGGGAAAGGACUGCCUGCGCUGUGAACAAGGUGCUGAUGGGAAGGGUUCCUGAUCGAGGUGGAAGACCAUCAGAGAUUGAGGCUCCUCCCCCUGAAAUGCCUCCCUGGCAGAAGCGACAGGAUGGCGGAGGAAGAGGAGGGGGUGGAUACCGAGGACGUGGGGGUGGCUAUUGGGGUGGUGGCCAUAGAGUCGGAUAUGGUGGAGAUGGACAUGAAGGUGGUGGACAUGGGGGAGGGGGAUAUGGAGGGGGUGGACACAGAAGCGGUGGACAAGGUGGAUGGGGCCGAGAUGGGGGUGGAGGACGAAACCAUGGAGGAAGGGGUGGUAAGGGGGGUUAUUAUCAACGUUAACAGUAUUUCCUUUGUGUUAGAAGCUAAGCACAGUAUGAAAUGAAAGUGCAUAUGGUUUGAAUGUUUUCAGUUCCAUUUGUGUGUUUGUCACAGAUUUUUUUUUUUGUUGAUUUUGAAACAGAGAAUGGAUAUAUAAACAUAUGUAAAUCACUGAACAUAGAUCAUUUAGAUAUGAUGCGUUGGCUUGGAUGAUGGGGCACGUAGGUCAUUGAGGAAAUUUAAUGACCUGCUGUGCAUAAUUUUUAUGAUUAUAAAAAAGAAACCAUUACAUACAUGUCUAUAGUGUUUUUUUUUAGGUGCACAUUUAGUUUUUAAAUCAUAUUUUGUAUUAUUUGUGUGCACAUUUUAUUUUGUUUGGUAACCAAAUGUGUAUGAUGGAUCCUAGAGAUAGCAUUUUUGAUCAGGAUUGAUUGGAAUAAUAAAUUAAUGGCAGCAGUAAUCAUGGAACACUUUUUCCAAAUAAAGCUACUAUAAUUACUGUGUAUGUCUUUUUUUAUUUUAUCAAAAUGCUGCUGAUGCUUUUUUGUGUAUGUAGAUAACCUUUCUGUUUAUUCAGUGGUAUGAGUUAUUUCUGAUCUGUAUCCAUACUACUGACAAAAAGUGUGACAGUGAUUAAAAAUAAA